GUAAACCCUAGUUCUUAUACGAUUUGGAGAAACUAGCCAUCAAAGCUGCAACUCUGUGUGUUGAUUUCCGAUUUCACAUCAUCUCCACAAAUAGAGUGAAGACCAGGACGUUUUAUUGGAAACAUAUUGUUGGGUGAUAUGGAUAGAGGGAAACUUGUCCCAAGGAGACCCCUGACCAGAGCAAGUAACAAACUGAAAAGGGUAAGAAGAGAUGAUGGGUUCAAUGGUGUAGUGACUUUAGAUGAUGAUGAUGAUGAGGUGUUGGAUGAGUAUAUGGCUAGUUUUGAGACAACUGAUAGGACUGUGGAAAGUGUUGUACAAAAUAUUAUGACAACUGAAGCGUGUGUUGAAGAGGUGGAUGAUGAAGCUGAUCUGCAAGAUGAAGAAGAGGUGGUAGAUGAAGAAGAGGGUGAUGAAGCUGAUGUUGAAGAUGAGUUUGUGGAGGUCCCUGUUGGGGAUGAUGCAGGUGGAGAAAAUGAUAUUGAUGUUGAUGAGUUGAAAUUAGUUUAUGAGUCCGAUAAUGAAGAUAUUUUGUUAUUCGAGGAUGAUAGUGAUGGCCAACUGAGGAGUUACAUGGCAGAGGUGAUGAGGACUAAUAGGGGAAGCACAUGCAAUAUUACUGUGGAUAGAGCUACACCUGAAGAUCCUACUGUUUUCAAAAGGGCAUACAUGUGCUUAGCACCUCUAAGAGAUGGGUUCCUUGCAGGUUGUAGACCUCUAAUAGGCUUGGAUGGUUGUUUUUUAAAAACAGUUUAUGGUGGCCAGCUUCUUACUGCUGUUUCACACGAUGGCUGCAAUGGGAUAUUUCCAAUAGCAUGGGCUGUUGUUGAGAGAGAAAAUGGAGAUUCAUGGGAAUGGUUUCUCAGGAAGUUGUUGUUGGAUAUAGGAGGAUUUGAACGUAGAAGGUGGUGUUUUAUAUCUGAUAGACAAAAGGGUCUGGUACAUGCAAUAGAGACACUCUCCAAUGAUGAGCCUAGAUGCAGUAGCAAAUUGAGAAGGAGGGAACAUGAUGAGCCUAGAAGCAGUAGCAGAUUGAGAAGGAGGUAUCCAAGGAUCAAGUGUUCCAAAUGUGGUGAAUUAGGGCAUAACAAAAGAGGCUGCACUAAUCCACCAGCCCCUCAGCAACCUAUUGGCACUGAUAUGAGUGUUACUGAGCACGGUUCCACAUCAAUUGGAGGUGAUAGUAGAGCUGCAGGGAGAGGAUCAUCUGGCAGAGGAGCUGUUGCAGGAAGAGGUGUUAGUGGAGGAGCUGUAGGGAGAGGAUCAUCUGGCAGAGGAGGUGCUGUAGGAAGAGGUGUUAGUGUAGGAAGAGGUGUUAGUGGAGGAGCUGUAGGGAGAGGAUCAUCUGGCAGAGGAGGUGAUGCUGGAAGAGGUGUUAGUGGAGGAGUUGCAGGGAGAGGAUCAUUUGGCAGAGGAGGUGAUGCUGGAAGAGGUGUUAGUGGAGGUGUUAUAGGAAGAGGUGUUAGAGGAGUAACUGCUGGGAGUGGAUCAUUUGGCAGAGGAGGUGAUGCUGGAAGAGGUGUUAGUGGAGGAGCUGCAGGGAGAGGAUCAUUUGGCAGAGGAGGUGAUGCUGGAAGAGGUGUUAGUGGAGGUGUUGUAGGAAGAGGUGUUAGUGGAGUAACUGCUGGGAGUGGUGUAACAAGUGCUAGUCCUGCUAGAGUGACAAAAUCAAGAGCCUAUAGGCCUACCCUUACUCCAACUAUUCAAGGAUCCACUUCUACUUCAAGGUACAAUGCAAUCUUGAAAGCUUCUCAAGAAUCCGUCACCAAUCAAAGGAAGGAAGCAUAGAUUUGAUUUGCAUAUAGGUUUCAAAGUAUACCUCUAUUUUGUGUUCUCUGGAUGCAUUUCAUAGGCAAUUGUUAUUCAUCUUUUGUUCUAUCUGGAUACUCUAUGGAUACUCUAUUAUGUGGUUAUUUUGGACCUGAUUAUGAUG